GUUGGCGUCUUUUGCUUUUUUAUAUUUAAUAAGAAAUAAGAUAAUGUAGUGGAAGAGCAUCGUAAAUUUGGGCUAAAAAAUUAUUUUAUAGUUCUGUGAAUAAAACUUUAUCUAUAAACGUUAUAUUUUGAAUUUUAAGUAUUCUGAAUAUUAAGAACAGUUAUUUUGGAAUUGGAUUUAAUGAAAAUGAGUUCAACGAAAGCUGCUCUUAUAAAGCUGAAAAGUGGACGCUUCUUUGCUAUAGCAGCAAAGUUUGUAAAGAUCAAGCGGCCUGGCUGGGGAUCAUUUAAAUUGAAGAAUGCAAAACGUCCUACUGACUGCGAGAUCAUUGGAUUUAAUGAAAAUAAAUCUAUUUUUUCUAGUAUAGCAGAAAACUUAAAUGCUAAUUUACCACAAGUUGAGAUAGAAUUAAAUGCUUCUCUGAAAAGCACUAUGCUCUCUACUUCUAUUAUUAGCCUCAAUAAAGAAAAUAUAAUUCAUAAGGAAUUAAACGAUAGCCAAAAUAAGAAUUUACAAUUAAGUGAUAAAAGAUAUGUUGAAGAAGACGAAAAUUCUUCAAUUUUGUCCUCAAAAAAUGAUGACAUUUUUAGAAAAUUGAAUAUCACACACUCAUCAAAUAGAACAAUUAAUAGUAGUUCUCCUACUUCAUGUAAAAGUCAAAUAGAUCAAGGUAUACUUUUGCCUCACAUGGAAGCUACUUCUAUUGAAUGUGAAGAUGUUUUUAAACACUUUGAAGUGUUUACUGAUUUUAAUGCCGAAGAGAUUUCAUACAGUGAAAAUAUGUUAGAUUGGAGACCAGGUGAGAAUGGAAAAUCACAAAAUGAUAUAAUGGAUAGAAGUGAAGAUUUAAAUUUUGAUACGAAUGAAAUCUUGAAUUUUAAUAAUCAACAUUCAGUUGAAUUGAUAACAGGAGAAAUAGAUCUUGCAAAGAAAAAUACCACUCAAAUAGAAGAGGAUCUUAUUAAUCAAAAACGAGAUUGUAAUCAAAACUUAACAAAUAAAACUGAGAAUGAACAAAAAUCAACAUCUACUGGAAAAUCAAAAACCAAAUCCAAGCAAAUAGUUAUUUUAUCAAGUGAGGAUAUAAUUCAUAUAAAAAAGACUGUUUCUGAUCUAAACAAACCUGGAACUCCACAAGCUCAGAAUAAAAUUUUUUUUGUCAAUAGACCUACCAUUGAUAAAAAACGUACAGGAAAAUUUCAUUAUUGUAUUUUUUGCAAAAAGAAAAUUGUUGAUCAAAUACAUCGACAUAUGACCAAAGUUCAUGCAGGAGAAGAAGUGUUUAAAGAAGCUAAAGCUAGGGGAAAGACAGUCUUUAAGUGUACUGUCGAAUAUCAUAUUAAUUAUGGAAAUUAUUACUAUAAUUAUUACAUGAAAACAGAUGAUGAAGAAAUGAUUGUGGGGCGAAGACCUAAUAAAUAUAGAAUUAUUAAAUGUAAGCAAUUAGAGUCAGGUGAAUUAAAGUGGCCUGAAGACAUAACUGAUUGUAAAAUGGGUAUGGAUGAAAAAACUAAAUUACCAGUAGCAUAUAAAACAAAUUUGCCAAAUUUAACUGGCGAAAAUUUUGUACCAUGCAAAGAUUGUUUCAAAGUAAUAAGGCGAAAUUUAAUGAAAAGGCACAAAUGCAACUUACAAAAUGUGGUAAGAGCUCCUAAUGCAAAAGAUUUACUACCGAUGUGCCAACGAUUGAUUCCUGAUGUGCACCCUCUUGCAACGAAAAGAGCACGUGACCUUAUAUUUUCAAAUAUGAUUUUGGGCGAAGUACGAGAUGUAGCAGUCUCUGAUGCAUUAAUUGUGCAAUAUGUUAACGACUGCGUUGAUCAUUACAGCCAUGAUCAAAAUUACAGUAUGAUAAGUCAUCAUGCUCGUGUAUUAGCAACUCUAUUUCAGACAGUUCAAUCCAAUACUAACCCAGUGCAUAAGGAAAUAGUCAAAAAUAUUACAGAAUUCAAAGAUAUUAUUCAUCCCACUGUAGUUCCAGUACUACAAGAAAGUAUAUAUCAAUUAUCCGAAAUGAAUGAAGAAUCUGGUAUGAUCCAAAAAUUUAACAAACCUAAAGAUAUUAGUAAUAUUAUCAACAAAUUCUUAGAAUUUUAUUUGCCUUUUUGUAUUGAAAACGCUUGGGAGACACGAAGAGAAAAUGCCAUAAAAUUUGAAAAAUUAAUCAAAAGUAAGAGUAAAAGAUUAAACAAGAAAAGUCGAGAUAUGCAAUUAAAAAUAGAAAAAAAAGCUCCACCCAAAAAAAUGCCGAACGUAAAAAAUAUAAAAGAAUUUUGCGAGUUUGUGGAACAGUCAUGGCUAAAUGCUUUUAAUAAUAUGAAAAACGGUUUUGAUAUAACUGUAUGGAAAGAACUUAAUAACACAACAGCCUUGCUAUUAAUGCUUUUUAAUAGGAAACGCCAAGGAGAGCUGUCAAGAUUAGAAUUAGAUGACAUAAAUGGAGCUUUUAAAAUCCUUGAUGAUUGCAACGAUCCACGUUAUCUUGAAUUAUCUGAUGAUUGUAAAGUAGCUCUUAAAGACUACUAUAGGCUAAAAAUAACAAAUAAAAAAGCGUUACGUACUGUUGGUCUUAUAGUUCAUAAAAAUUUAAUGGACAGCAUAAAUUUAUUACUGCAGUAUAGAACUAAAGCUGGUAUAGAUGAGAAGAAUAUCUACGUUUUUGCUAAAAGGCGUAAUAAUACCAUGAGACAUGGCUAUAUAAUUUUAUCAGAUGUUUUGAGGCAUUAUGCUAAUAUUUCUGGUGUGGAGGAUUGUGAAACAAUUCGUGGAACUGCUUUACGUAAGCAUAUUGCCACAAUGAUGCAUGGACUUAGACUAGAAGAAGGAAAAUUAAUGCAGUUGGCCAAUUUUUUGGGCCAUAGUUAUGAUAUCCAUAAAUCUAUAUACCGUCAAGAAGUUCAUUUGAGUGAACUGUUAACGUUACCUAUCAUGUUAAACAAAGCCCAAGGUAAAGAAUUAAAAUCUAUUGAGAACGUUAGAAGUCCAUCUACCUCAAAUAACAAAACAGACAAUAGUGAUGUAUCAUAUGAUCCAUGUCAGGACACAGAAGGUAUGGACAUAAAAUUUAUUUAUAUAUUUAUGUGUGUAUAUUUACAUUGAUAAUUAUCUGUUAUCACAGUGUUAAGUUUGAUUUCAUGUUUUACAGAAUAAUCAAAUUUGAUUCUUCUUCAUUAUUUUAAAAAUAUAUAUGCAUUUAACAAUGAUAUUUUAACUGUAAAAAUUAUGUACUAACAAUAUAUAGUUCUCCUUAAUUAAUUUCCUUGAAACCUUGAACCUGACUGUACAACAUGCUUCUAAAUGCUUAAAUGCUUUAUGUGAUUGUCUUAAGCUUUAUAUUUUUGACAAUACUGUUACUAGCCUCCUGCAGCAGAUAUCAAAUAAGAAGAUAUUGUUCUUGAUGAAAUAUUGGUGUUGAGUCUUAGUUACCACCUCAGAUAGGUAUGAAUUUAAAGAUAUUUUAAGAGUGACAUUUAAGGUAAUGGAUAAAUUUUUCCCUUGAAUAUAAUUAUGACAGGUUGCUAAUUAUAAUAAGUUUAGUUAAACUGAUAUAUUCAUGAUGAACUUUUGAAAAUAAAUCAUAUUGUCAUUGCAAUAUAUUUAUUAAUAGUUAAAUCACGCCAUUUUACAAUAAAUUAAUUUUCAAUAAAAUAUUCAGAGAAAUCUUCUUAAUAUUAAAUUUUAUUUCUUAUGUUUUUAUAGAAGUCACUGUUCAGAUAACUAUUGAUUUUUAAAUUGAUUAAUUAAGUACACAAAAUUAUUGAAUUUCAAGAUUUAUGUAAAUAUUAUUUGAAAAAUAACUCAUUCUCUUUUUAACUAAUAUACAAGCCAAAUUUUAGUAAUAAAAAAAAGUUACAAUGUAUAUUAUUUGUUAAUAUUUUAGUAUAUUUCUUAUAUUUGUAUAUUUCUUGAAUAAGCAGUUCCUUGGAUUUCUAUUUCUUCUUGUUGCGUUUGAUAAUUUGCCCUUACAUGUGAACUUUAUGUUGCUUUUGUAACUAACAUGCUAAAAGAUUACGUAACAACUUUAAAUUACUUCAUUCAAUAAUUUUAAUUAAAUUGGUAUUUAUCUAAUUUUCAAAUAUGUACUUGUAAAUAUAUUCCAGAUUCUAUAAACUCACAAUUGAGUGAAAAUGAAGAAAACAUUGAAAAAGUUUUACCUAGAAAAAGUUUCCUUUCAAUAAAAGUAGCUGAGAAAGCAAAAAAAAAAGCUGAAAAGAAAGCCAUAGGAAUAAAACGACCAUAUCCAGAAAUGUCUGAUGAUGCCCCAAAGAACAAGAAAAGAGUUAUUCGCUGUUGGUCUAAAACAGAAAAAAAUACAAUUUCAGAUCAUAUUAAGGUAAAUGGAUUGCCACUAACAAUUAGUACUGCUUAUAUACAGGAUAUUGUGAAAAAAUGCAAAAGUUUGGAAGAGAGAACUAUUGUACAAAUAAGGGCCUAUAUCAACAACAACUAUGGCAACAAGCAAGAGCGGCUUGGAAAAAAUGAAGAGAUUCUUAUAGAAGAGGAGACAGAUUCCAGUGAUAAUCUUAGUGAUUCAUAUUAUUGUGAUGAUGAUCCUACACAUUAGUUUGUAAUUUGUGUUAAAAAAUUAUUUAUUUAUUAUUUAUUUAUUUAUUAAAAAUUAUUUAUUCAUUUUUAAAUUUAUAAUUGAUCACUGUUUAACUUAUUAUCUUUGUAACUUAUUCACAUGCUUAAUUUAGUAUUUAUGUAACUUAUUCACAUGUUUAAAUUUAGUUUAACUUAAAAUUUUUUUAUCAACAUGAAAUUUAAUUUAAUAGUCAGUCAUUCAAUAA